AUGCAGGUUCUCCUCCUCGGCGGCCACGGCAAAAUAGCCCUCCACCUGACGCCACUCCUGCUGAACCGCGCUUGGAACGUGACUAGCGUGGUGCGCAACCCCGAUCACGAGAAUGAAAUCUUGGCCCUCGGCAAGGGCCGUAAGGGAAACGUGAGCGUGUUGAUCUCAAGUCUGGAUGACGUGAAGAGCGCUAGCGAUGCUCAGAAGAUCCUUGACUCGGUGACGCCGGACUACGUGAUCUGGUCGGCUGGCGCCGGCGGCAAGGGUGGCCCCGCCCGCACGAUCGCCAUCGACCAAGAAGCGGCCAAACACUUCAUGACCGCCUCAUUCGCCUCGCCCAGCGUAAGCAAGUUCCUGAUGGUCUCGUACAUUGGCAGCCGGAAGAAGCAGCCUCACUGGAUGCCGGACGACCAGUGGGCGGCCAUUGUGCGCACCAACACCGAGGUGCUGCCCACGUAUGCAAAGGCCAAGAUGGAAGCAGACGAAUACAUGACUGCGCUGGCCGCAAAGCGCAAGCAGAACCCCACUGCUGCGACACAUCCUUUCCAGGCUAUUAAUCUGCGCCCUGGAUUUCUCACCGAUGAGCCUGCUACCCGCAAGGUGGAGCUUGGUAUUACACCCAAAGGUCGUGGCAAUGUUACGCGUGAGGAUGUGGCUAUUGUGGCCGAUCUGCUGCUGGCGCGUGCUGAUACCGAGGGCUGGAUUGAUCUGGUCAAUGGAGAGGAGGAUGUCGAAGCAGCGGUGGAGAGAGUGGCGAAGGCGAAAAUCGAUGCGGUGGAGGGUGAGGAUGUCGACGGAAUGGUGAAGCGAUUCUUCCCCUAA